AUGCACAAGCUGGAAGACAUGGCGUCGGUGUAUGACUUCGACCCCAUCACCGGCAACAUACCCGCCACCAAAGUGGAAGUCACCGUCUCCUGCAGAAAUCUUCUGGAUAAAGACACAUUCUCCAAGUCAGAUCCAUUGUGUGUCCUCUAUACACAAGGCGUGGAAACCAAACAAUGGAGAGAGUUUGGCAGGACCGAAGUGAUAGACAAUACCCUGAACCCAGAUUUUGUUCGGAAGUACAUCUUGGACUACUUUUUCGAAGAAAAGCAGAGCCUUCGGUUUGACUUGUAUGAUGUUGACUCCAAAAGUCCAGACUUGUCCAAACAUGACUUUUUGGGUCAGAUGUUCUGUACUCUUGGAGAGAUUGUCGGAUCACAAGCCAGUCGACUGGAAAAACCUCUUGGAGGAAUCCCAGGGAAGAAAUGUGGCACGAUCGUCCUGUCUGCAGAGGAGCUGAGCAACUGCAGAGACAGCGCCACAAUGCAGUUCUGUGCCAACAAACUGGACAAGAAGGACUUCUUUGGGAAAUCAGACCCAUUCAUGGUUUUUUACAGAAGCAAUGAAGAUGGAACGUUUACGAUCUGCCAUAAAACAGAGGUGGUGAAGAACACAUUAAACCCAGUGUGGCAGCCAUUUACCAUUCCUGUCCGAGCGCUCUGCAACGGCGACUACGACAGAACAAUCAAAGUGGAGGUGUAUGAUUGGGAUAGAGACGGCGGUCAUGACUUCAUUGGGGACUUCACCACCAGCUACCGAGAGUUAGCUCGAGGGCAGAGCCAUUUCAACGUGUACGAGGUUAUAAAUACCAAGAAGAAAAUGAAGAAAAAGAAAUAUGUCAACUCUGGAACUGUGACCUUGCUCUCGUUCUCUGUGGAGUCGGAGUUCACGUUCUUAGAUUACAUCAAAGGGGGGACGCAGAUCAAUUUCACUGUGGCUAUUGAUUUCACAGCAUCUAAUGGUAACCCCUCUCAAUCCACCUCACUGCACUACAUGAACCCUUACCAGCUCAACGCCUACGCCAUGGCACUGAAAGCUGUUGGAGAGAUCAUUCAGGAUUACGACAGCGAUAAGAUGUUUCCCGCUCUUGGUUUUGGGGCAAAACUCCCCCCCGAUGGACGAGUGUCACACGAGUUUCCACUGAAUGGUAACAUGGAGAAUCCUUACUGCAAUGGUAUCGAGGGGAUUUUAGAAGCCUACCACCAGAGCCUGAAGACCGUACAACUGUAUGGGCCAACCAACUUUGCACCAGUUGUGAACCAUGUUGCAAGGUUCAGACAAUCUGGAGAAAUCACCGCAUCCGAGCAGCAAGGCCAAAAACCAAUACUGGAUGCCUGUGACCUUCGAUCCUUCAGGUAUGCGGCAUCAGUGCAAGACGGCUCCCAGUACUUUGUCCUCCUCAUCAUUACAGAUGGAGUCAUAUCUGACAUGGCUCAGACCAAAGAGGCCAUUGUUAAUGGUGCAAAGCUUCCAAUGUCCAUCAUCAUCGUUGGAGUGGGUCAGGCUGAAUUUGACGCUAUGGUGGAGUUGGAUGGCGAUGACAUUCGGGUCUCUUCCCGAGGGAAACUUGCAGAGAGAGACAUCGUCCAGUUUGUUCCCUUCAGAGAUUAUAUGGACAGGACAGGUAACCAUGUGCUGAGCAUGGCCCGGCUUGCUAAAGACGUGCUCGCAGAGAUCCCCGACCAGUUCAUUUCCUACAUGAAGAGUCGGGGGAUUAAGCCUAACCCGGCCCCGCCGCCUUACACGCCGCCUGGACUCACACAUCACCACACGCACAUCUGACCAGAUGGCUUUUUAUUGAUGACUAACAGCGUGAAGCAGUCAUCUCCUUCAGGUGGCAUUUUCUUGAGGGGAUGAUGCAAACUUUCCAGGACCCGUUGGCAAAAAGCAUUUUUUAAAUCAGAACUGCGGCAAAGACUGUUUCACGCCAAAACGGGCAGCAGGUCAGUCGAACAAGAAGAUCGUGUCGUGGUGAAAACUUGUGCCUGUCUGUGCUUGUUUCUCACAGUGUUUCAGGUGGCGAACUUUGACCUGAAACACUACUUGUCAGUUUUUGGUGUAGCCCAGUACGGUGAUGUUUUCAGGCACCUUUUCUUGUCUGGAAUUGUUUUUUAUAUUUGGAGAUGAUCUCCCUAUUUACUUAAUGAUGCAUCAAGAGUGAUGAAGGAAAAAUACAUGGGUGUCGUUUACAAUUUGAUUUCUUCAAACAUCAAUCAGGUAUUACAUACCAUUAUAGAGAUUGCCUUUCCUUUACUUAAGUUUAUAAGAGCAUGUUGUUCCAGAGUCCCCUUAUUUAGAAUUUGUCAAAUAUUUUACAGAAUGGCAUGGAAUUUGCAGAGAGGAGAGAGGCUUUUAAUUCUUCUCAUUUUGCUCGCUGCAAUGAAAGCAGUUUCAGAAGUCAUGAAAUUUGCAGGCCAAUACUCUAUCUUCCUUGCAGCUACAUAGUGCGAUGAUGUUUUUUUUUUUCAUUAUUAUUGUCAUUUGCUUUACUGAUAUUAAAUACAGCGGAUUGUAUUCAUGGAACUGGCUCGCACAAUUGAAAUGGAUUGUUGUAUCCUUUAUUAUUUCUGAAUUAAGAUACACUGUAUUGACAAAACAAUUUGCUCACCUGGCUUGACUAGCAAUUAUAUUCAAUUGUAAAUCCAUAUGGUUUAACAAUGGAUUUUUAUUUAUAUAUACUUUUUAAGCAUGGCCAAUAUUCUCUUUCAACACCAGUUUUGUUUUCUUACAGCUCUGCAUUGCUAACUUCAUACGGUAUUUGCUUGUUAGCAUUUGUUGACAUGCCACAAGCAUUAAAGUAAACUCUUUUGUUUGUUUGUUUUUACUGUGUAUGUUUCAGACUAGUCUUUGUUUGUCAAUAGCAUAUGUAGGUAAAUACCUAUAUUUUGUGGGCAGUUUUGUGGUACCUUUUUUUUGGCACCUCUGUAUCAUUUUGACUUCAAUAUCUACUAGAUGUAGAGAUAAGGGGGAAGGGGGGGUUCUGGUAUGUUAGAACCUCUAAAGUCAACCACAUUCCAUGCAAAACAGAUCUCUGAUUCGUUCGUAUUUUAAAGCAAUUUUCCCAUGGGAAAUGACGAAAAUUAAACAAAUCAGUCAAAGGGUCAAAAUGACACCACUGGCUGUUUCGCAUCUCAUUGUUCAAAGUGCUUUCUGUUUUGAUUAUUAUUAUUGCUGUCAGCCUAAUGAAAUUUUAGCCAUAUUGAACUCAGAGAAAGAAUGGAGACGUCUUCAGUGUAAUCAUCGCUAUGCUACUUUUAUGUCGUAAUGAGUUCUAUUUCCAGUUCUAUCACACAGUCCCUCUUUGACAUCACUGGUACCAUCUGUGGUAGCAUCACCAAAAAGCCAAAGAAAAAGCAAAAUACACUUUUGUAUAUCGUUAAGAUGCUCACUGAGCUGAAGUCACAAUAUAAGAUCAAGUCACAUGAGAUUUGCUGUCGUCCAAUGUAAUGUGACGCAUAAUCAAGGUUCUUCUGCAGUUCUUGUGAAACUUUAGAACCUUUUUUUUCCCUGGAUUGAAAUUGGUAUUGUUUGACUUCAGGGCCAUUGAAAUGAUGAGGUUCCAGUAUAUUUCUACAAACCUUCAAUGAGAGAUUGGAGGAAAGAAUAUUUAAAGUCAGAAUAUUUCAAGACUGUUUUUUCCUAUUCAAAAAAAUAUUAUUAUAAUAAAUGUUAAUGUAACUAAAAUUGGGUUAUUUAGGUGAGUAUCAAUUUGAUCGAGUUUUUUUUAUUGAAUGAAAGAAUUUUGUGUUUAUGCAGUUUACUGUGAGAUGCACAGUGCAGGGUCGCCUAUCGACUGAUUUGGGAUAAAAUGUGUUGGUUUUAAUAAGGUUUAUUAAAAAAUGUUUUUAUGGAGGAAGAGAUGAUAAAUUAUCAUAUAGAUUAGCAUGCAUUUUGUAAAAUAAUUCUUGUAAAUUCCAGUCAGAUCAUAUACGAGAAGCAGUCAUAAGGUAUUGAGCCAAAUUUAAUUUAACCUAUUAAUUACUGAUUUUUGUUUGUUUUGUUUAAGUUUUGCCCUCUUCUUGUCCAAUAUUUUGGAAAUUUGGUCAUAAUUGGAUGCCUGUCAGAAGCAAAAAGCUGUGAUUCAAUUUCUUGCUUUGGAAGGAGAACCACUGGUAGACAUUUUCUAAAUAUUGCAAAACCCAUAUAGGGAAGCUGUAAGAGGCUAACAUACACAAAUAUAAAAAAAUAUAUAUAUAUGGGUGUCCAGGAUUAAAGGCUAAGAACAAGAGCCUGGUUUGCUCAUGAAGUCAUCUGUUCUGUUGAUGGACAACCAUAACCCAUCCACCAUACUUACCCUAUCUGGCAUCAUCAGAUUAUUACCAUUUUUAACCUGUAGAAGGGGUUAUGGGCCAGCCCUUAUCAGAUAACAAGCAAGUUAAGAAAAAAAAAAAGGUUUAGACUGCAGGCUACUGAAUUUUACUGGAUAAAUGCCCAUGUUCAAUAAUGAAAAGUCGAACACAACACCAAACUGUGAAAGUGUUAUCUUUUUUUUAAUGCAAAUAUCAAUUCAGUAAAAUACAUAAAUACAAGUAUAGAGGAGAGAUCUAGCACAUGGUACCACUGCCAUUAGCCAUUUUCUGUUGCAGGGUUUUUUUUUUUGUUUUGUUUUUUUGGGUUGUAUUGCCUCUUACCGGAGCUCUAUUAAAGAGAUGCUCUAUUUCUAACAAUGUAUUUAGUUGAAUGGGAUACCUUAAAAAGGAACAAUGUGUCAUCAUGGCAAAUUAGAAUGUCAUUAGAAAUGUUGAACUUUUUCAUACCCUCUUGAUGACAACAUAUAUUUCUAAAUUGUGAGUUUUUUUUUUUUUUUCAUUUUCCCCAACACCUAUGUGUCUGUGCACACUAUUGACUUUUGACAAUUUUGAGGGUGGGGAAAAUUUGCAUUAUACAUCAGAAAUUAUGAUAAAUAAAAUGAGAGAAUGAAGUACUGCUAUGUUGUUGAAAGUAUAACAAUUGUAUACUUUCAAAGCUCAAUUCAACUUUUGCCAAUUUUGUCAGCGUUAUUAUCAGUCAACCAUUUAUUUUCCUUGUCAAUAAUUUUGUGAUGACUGCUUUUGAGGUGUCCUUUGCUUUUAAAGAAAAUGCUGAUUUAUUAAUUUAAUAGCCCACAAAGUCACUCACAUACUUCACAUUUCAUUGAAACUGUUUCACUAUUGGAAAGAUGUACGGGUGGGGAGAGAAUAUUUUAUGUAGAAGGAAACCAUUUUCAGUAAAAAACGUUAUGUAAAUGGGAAUCAAUAUGCAUGAGAAUGUAAAGCAUACAUUUAUGCUGAUUUGCAUACUGAUGCCACCAGCACUUUAAUAUUAGAGAGUGCUUAUGGAAUAUGUUUAUUUUUGGAGGUAUAAUACUGUUUUGAUUUUUUUUUCAUUUUAUUUAUAUAAUUUUUUGUAUUAUAGGAAAGGUAAUUGCUCCUGCCAUGAAUUACACACGAUUUCCCUUUAGGGUUGUGAUUUUCAACAUGUGCCACCUGGAUGUGUCCUUACGAGUUUUUAUACGUUACUGCCAUUUGUUAAAUUGAAACCUGUUCAACUAAACAGCAUGGAUUACAGUUUGCUGUUUAUUCUCUGUUGUAGUUACUUCUCCCAACAUUUCUUCUCUCACCAAUAGUCAGAAAACUAAAUUGUAGCAUGUAAUUAGCAUGUUACAGUUUAUUUAUUUUUUUAAGACCACAAUCUAUCUUUAUUGUUUUUACAGCAUUUUUUUUUUUGCAUGACACUUUGCUUUCUUUUAUUGUACAUGACUAUUGUCAAAAAGUUGGUUGUGAAAUGCUUUGUAAUGGAUUGCCUUAAAUUAAAGUUCAAUUUAAACAAAAAAAAAAGAAUUGUUACUUUAGUAUUCAGCAAUGUCAUUUAUGACAUUUAUGACAUGUGGAUAGCUAUUUUCUGUGCUGAGUAAACAUUUUUACUUCUCGAAUUUGUUACAGGAGCAAGGGGUGCUCAAUGCAAUCCAUGCAAUGCAAUGCAAUUGCGAAGGUAGUAUUGGUAGAUCGCAUUACGUAAAAAAAAUCCUAUCAUCAAUCCUGUCACUUCAUUAACAUACAUAUAUAAUCGAUGAUACUUGAAUUUUUCUGACACAUAGGUCACACGCAUGGACAAACAAUGGCUGUCAGAACUGACAAACUAGUCAGUGAGUUACCCCCAAUUUUAUUCUCGGUCUUUUCUCUCAAACUUAAGAGGUUAUAAAAAUGAGUGGGAGAGUUCAACCAAAUAAGAAGAGAAAAAAUACCACUUUCAUGUAGAAUGGAAGGCUCAGCAUUUUUUUCACAAUGACAUUUUUGAAAUGUGUGUGCCUCAUCUGCCAGUCUCCCAUCGCAUUAGCAAAGAAGGGAAAGGUGGUGGCGCAUUUUAGGACUCUCCGUGGAAAGUACGACACUGACUUCCCACCAAAAAGCGAGCUGAGAAAGAAAGGCGUGAAGGAACUAAAAUGUCAGUUGUCCCUACUUCAAAGGUGAAAGCAUCCAUCAUUAGUCGUCGUCAUUGAGUCACGUCAUCAUUAUAAACAAGAAAUCCUUCCAAGAAGCAGAGAUUGUAAAAUAAGCAAUCGUUGAAGCAACUAACACGUUGUUCCGGGAAAGAUUAUCUUGGGGCAAAAAUGUUUGGUCACCCCUAAAUUACACUUGUGUAUUUUUUACCAAACCCCCCCGAUACGGGCUGUUCGUUCUCAGUACAACCAGUGUCAGAGUUUGGUCGGCUUUGCAAAUGCUCGCGUUUCUAACCUAUUAUGGACAGAAUUUCUAGGUGCAAUCGAGGCAUCAACUGGGUCCGGUUUGUUGGCUUCAUUAUCGCAUUUCUGCUUUUCACAGAUAAUGUGGUUCCGUUGGCUUCAUCAAGCCGUGAUCUCCAACACUCACUGGAACGCUUCACAGCCAAAUGUGAAACACCUGGAAUGAGAAACAGCACCUCCAAAUCUGAAGCUAUGGUGCUCAAUCGGAAAUAGGGUCGGGGAUGACCUAACCCUAACCCUGAGUUCAAGCAUUGUG